GACGAAGAACUGGGCGCAUCUCCCUUUGAGGCUGAUGAUGCUUUGAUGCUUGGUGAUGACGAUGAUGAUGUUUCAGAUGAUGAAGAUGAUGACCAUGAGGUUCUACGUGGGUCUCUUCCUGACUGUGUUCCAGAGAGUGUGCAUGAUGUAAAACUGGCAGAUGCUGAUGGGUCUAGUAUUGCCUCAAUAGCAAGUGAUAACCAGACACAACCCUCAUCUGGCUCCAGCGUAAAACAUACUUUUAGUAGCAGGGGAGCAGGUUCUGUUGAACUUAGAAAUCCAAGCACACUUGGUUCGCGGGGCGCGAUGUCGUUUGCUGCAGCUGCCAUGGCUGGGCUUGCUUCUGUUGGUAGUCGUGGUAUCAGAGGUAGCCAGGAUAGGCGUGGCCUUCCACUUGGAACUAGUGCACAUGAACAUUCAAACAAAUUGAUUUUUACAGCUGGCGGCAAGCAGCUUAGCAAGCAUUUGACUGUAUAUCAAGCUAUGCAACAGCAAGUAGUUCAUGAUGAGGAUGAUGAGGAAAGGCUAGGUGGUUCUGAUUUACCCAAUGAUGGAAGCCGUCUCUGGAGUGAUAUGUUCACUAUAACAUAUCAAAAGGCUGAUAACGAAGUGGAUAGGGAAUCAACCAGAGGUUCAUCUUUAGUGCUGAAAUCGUCCAAAUCAGAACUUUGCAGAGCUACAUCUCAAGAACAAUGUACUUCUCUUCUUGAUAGCAUUUUGCAAGGAGAACUUCCUUGUGAUAUUGAGAAAUCGACCCAAACUUAUAAUAUUUUAGCACUAUUGCGUGUAUUGGAGGGAUUGAAUCAGCUAUCUCCUCGUCUGAGACUACAGGCAACCUGUGAUGAUUUUAUAGAGGGAAAAGUUGGUACCCUGGAUGGGUUAUAUGGCACCGGAGCUAAGGUACCCUCAGAGGAGUUUAUCAGCAGUAAGUUGACACCAAAGCUUGCUCGGCAAAUUCAGGAUGUUCUUGCACUCUGCAGUGGUAGUUUACCUUCUUGGUGUUAUCAGAUGACCAAAGCUUGUCCAUUUCUGUUUCCUUUUGAAACAAGAAGACAACACUUCUACUCCACAGCUUUUGGGUUAUCUAGGGCAUUGAAUCGUCUUCAGCAACAACAGGGUGAUAAUAAUAGCUCAGCGACUGAAAGAGAAGUCCGGAUUGGUAGAUUGCAACGCCAGAAAGUUCGUGUUUCUCGUAACCGGAUCCUGGAUUCUGCUGCCAAAGUAAUGGAGAUGUUCUCCAAUCAGAAGGCUGUUCUUGAAGUUGAAUACUUUGGUGAAGUGGGAACUGGACUUGGUCCAACUUUGGAGUUCUACACCCUCUUAAGUCAUGACCUGCAAAGGGUUGGCUUGGGAUUAUGGAGAUCUGAUUCUGAUUCUUUAGAAGCUAAAAAACUUGAUUCACAUUCACCUGCUGAUAGCAGGAACUUGAUACAUGCACCUCUUGGCUUGUUCCCUCGGCCUUGGCCACCUAGUACUGCUUCUUCAGAGGGUAGUAAAUUCUUCAAAGUUGUUGAGUAUUUCCGCUUAGUUGGUCGAAUCAUGGCAAAAGCAUUGCAAGAUGGAAGGCUUCUUGAUUUGCCUUUGUCAACAGCAUUUUAUAAGCUUCUACUUGGACAAGAACUUGAUUUGUACGACAUACUAUCUUUUGAUGCUGAGUUUGGUAAAAUACUUCAAGAGUUGCAAGUUCUUGUUGAACGCAAGCGAUUUCUGGAGUCCUGCUCUAAUCAUAGUCAACAAAUAGAAGAAUUGGGCUUUCGUGGUGCUCCUAUUCAAGACCUAUGCUUAGAUUUUACUCUUCCGGGCUAUCCGGAUUUUGUUCUGAAGGAAGGUGAAGAAAAUACAGUGGUCUGCAUUUACAACUUAGAAGAGUACAUUUCGCUGGUAGUGGAUGCUACACUUAAGACUGGAAUAAUGCGUCAAGUAGAAGCAUUCAAAGCUGGAUUUAAUCAGGUAUUUGAUAUAUCAUCACUCCAAAUAUUUUCUCCUCAAGAGCUUGACUAUCUCAUUUGUGGUCGACGGGAACUUUGGGAGCCGGAGACACUGGUUGAACAUAUAAAGUUUGAUCAUGGUUAUACCUCGAAGAGUCCAGCAAUUGUCAAUCUACUUGAGAUCAUGACGGAAUUUACUCCGGAGCAACAACAUGCAUUCUGCCAGUUUGUGACUGGUGCUCCUCGGCUUCCACCUGGUGGCUUAGCCUCCCUAAAUCCUAAGCUGACUAUAGUUAGGAAGCACUCUUCGACUGCGGCGAAUACUUCAAAUGCAGCUGGAGCAGCAGAGUCUGCAGAUGAUGAUCUGCCUAGUGUCAUGACUUGUGCCAACUAUCUUAAACUUCCGCCAUACUCGACAAAGGAGGUUAUGCACAAGAAGCUGCUUUAUGCUAUCAACGAAGGCCAGGGGUCGUUUGAUCUUUCAUAGUGGGUUCAAAACUAACAUACAGAUGUUGGUGCACAUGUAAAUGUGCACCGGUUUUUAUUCAAAGUUAGUUUGUUCAUUGCCAUGUAUAACAUAGGCUUUAAGUCGUUUCUUUUGUGAAAGGUUUAGAGCCCGGAUCUUGUGGUGCCUGUGCUUAUAACAUUCUCUCACUAUUUUCCUGGGCACUCGUUGUAUAUAUUCUCCAACUGAUCUCUAUAGUGACUAAGAAGACAUUUCUCUUUUGGUCGUCAGUUAUACUUCA